UUGCCGGGAACACCGGUGGAUUCUUCCCGAUUUUUCUUUUAAAGCCCAAUCAGAGAACAGUAUCAGUUCCGUUAACAGAGCAUCUCAUUACCCUUCUUUCUGAUCUGUGCUUUCGACUUGAAACUCGUCGCCGAUUGCACUUAUUGUCUUGUCCAGUAAAGUAAUGGAGCGGCAACCUGUAAAGCUUCAGUGCCAACGGAUUGGCUGCGAUGCCAUGUUCACUGAGGACGAUAACCCUGAGGGUUCCUGUCUAUACCAUGAAUCGGGACCCAUAUUUCAUGAUGGUAUGAAAGAAUGGAGCUGCUGCAAGAAACGAAGCCAUGAUUUUAGCUUGUUUUUAGAGAUUCCAGGGUGCAAGACUGGAAAACACACAACGGAGAAGCAAGUAUUUGCACAGCCUAAAAAGAAUACUGUAUCUGCCCCAGCUCCUGCGCCAGCUUCAACUACCAAUGCAUCUUCGAGGGAUUCCUGUUCCAGGUGUCGACAGGGCUUCUUUUGUUCAGAUCAUGGUCCUCAAAGCAAACCUUUGAAUCCUGCUGUAAAUGACUCUUCUGAAAGCAAAGCAAGUGCUGUUCCAAAACAACCUAAGAAGAUAGUUGAUAUAAACGAAACCCAGAUAUGCAAAAAUAAAGGCUGCGGUAAAGAAUUCAAGGAAAAGGAUAACCAUGAUACUGCAUGCAAUUACCAUCCUGGUCCUGCUGUUUUUCAUGACCGCUUGAGAGGGUGGAAGUGCUGUGACAUUCACGUGAAAGAAUUUGAUGAAUUCAUGAGUAUUCCUCCAUGCACAAAGGGAUGGCACAAUGCUAAUCCGGAGUCCUGAUUCAUGAAGAAACCAAAUGGUUUCUUGUUUUAUUUAUUUUCUUUUGUUGUUUCUGGUUGUGGCUGUUGCAACUCAAAUGAAAGGGGGAAAAAGGUUAUGUGAAUUGACUCAAUACUGACACUAUAUACUGAAAGAAUUGUAUUUAUAUUAUCGCUUUGUUACGAGUCAACUACUGUAGUGAAUUUGCUGAGAAGGUCGUAAGAAACAAUUUGAUGAGGUGAGGAUUCAUAAUUGAACUCUCUUGUUGCUUGAUUAUUAGGCCGUCACCAUCUGCUUUUGCAUUGCCAUUUGAGUCUAACUUGUCUGAAUUGUUGAAACGAA